AUGGCGUCACCCGUACCCCUUCUUCGAGCGCCUGUCCCCGGUGGCCGUGGACCUCGCAAACCCGCCCUCGGCCUCUCGAUUCCCGCAUCACCGAACGCUCGACCCGUCGUGAAUGGCACAAGCGAUGGGCAGCCCAGUAUGGGUCGUCCAAUGCCCCCCCGCCUACAACUCGCAACGCCCAUGGGCUCGAAUACCACCCCUCAAGAAGGCGGUCGCCCACGGUUACAGCUCGCAACGCCCAUGGGUUCAAGUCGGACUCCACAAGGACUGCCUCCACUACAAAUUUCGACAGGACUUUCUGCAAACUCGAGCGAUGCAAGCGCAAACUCAAGAUCUGGUAGCUUUGGCGAGAUGCAGGCGAACGGGUCUGCAUCGUCAUAUCAGAAUGGCUCAGGAUUCUCGUCAACCUCGCUAGAACCCGGUCAGGCCACAGAUCCCAUUUCAGCGAUAUCACAGGGCGGCAGUGAGGGAGGGUCCGCUAUGCAGAGGGGAGCAAGCAGCCAACCAAUGCCAGACCUCGAGUCUUUGUCGCUGGAAAAGGGUCGCCCCUUGGAUGUUGAGGACCUCGACGACAUGGGUUGGAGGGCAGCCAGCAACAAAGGCCUGAUCGAAGAGCUUGGCAGCCUUGGAGAGGGUGCUGGUGGCGCUGUAACCAGAUGCAAGCUCAAGGGCGGAAAGACUGUCUUUGCCCUGAAGAUUAUCACCACAAAUCCCGACCCAGACGUCAAGAAGCAGAUUGUACGAGAGCUGUCGUUCAACAAGAAUUGCGCCAGUGACCACAUCUGUCGGUACUGGGGCGCCUUCGUGGACGAUAGCUCUGGCACCAUCAGCAUCGCCAUGGAGUUCUGCGAAGGUGGAUCUCUAGAUGCAGUAUACCGUGAGGUCAAAAAGCUGGGUGGUCGUACCGGCGAGAAGGUCCUCGGAAAGGUCGCAGAAGGUGUCUUGAACGGCCUGACUUACCUACACUCUCACCGCAUUAUUCAUCGAGAUAUCAAGCCAAGCAACAUCCUGCUCUGCAGAAACGGGCAGGUCAAGCUGUGCGAUUUCGGUGUGUCCGGUGAGUUCGGGACAAAAGGGGACGCCAAUACUUUCAUUGGCACAUCGUACUACAUGGCGCCCGAACGAAUCACUGGACAGAGCUACACCAUCACAAGCGACGUGUGGAGCUUAGGUGUGACGCUUCUCGAAGUCGCACAGCAUCGCUUCCCGUUCCCCGCAGACGGCACAGAGAUGAAUCCCCGCGCAGGUCUGAUCGAUCUUCUGACCUACAUCGUUCGACAACCCAUCCCCACGCUGAAGGAUGAGCCAGAAGCUGGCAUCAAGUGGUCGGAGAACUUCAAGUACUUCAUUGAAUGCUGCCUCGAGAAGGAAUGCCCGCGUAGAGCCACACCUUGGCGCAUGCUCGAGCACCCUUGGAUGGUCGAGAUGAAGUCCAAGAAGGUCAACAUGGCCCACUUCCUGAAGCAGGUAUGGGACUGGAAGGACUAA